AUGGCGGACUCCGAUCGAGCACGGUUAUCCGCUGCGGACCAGGAUAUAGAUGACAGUUUGCUGGACUCACCUGUUAAGUCGAGUGCGCUGGAUGACCCGGACCGGAAGGCAAGCAACGCGAAAACUGGGUCAUCUCGACCGUCGCAUGAUCAGGAUGCGGCUCGGGACGCUGCGCUGCAAAAGGAGCUCGCGAGCGUACGGAGAGUCAAUGAAGUAAUUGAAGGCGUGCUGCAAAAUCUUGAGCGCGCGAAAAGCAACAUGACAACGGUCAAUCAGUCAGUUGGGGCGGCCUCUACCCUCUUGGACACCUGGUCUCGCAUUCUCUCCCAGACUGAGCACAACCAGCGAGUUCUCUUGUCGCCAUCGUUCGAAGGCUUGUCAAAGGAAAUGGCAGACAUGGAGAUCGAGUCGCAGACGAAGCAACAAGCCGCUCAGCGCCGCGAAGUCGAGGAACAAGAGCGCAAAGCAGCAGCCGCGCGCCGGGCGGAAGAGGCCGAGCAGAGAAGACUUGUCGAAUCUACGAAGUCGCAGACCACUUCAACGCGUGGUCGUGGCCGUGUAACUUCCAGAGGCUCGGCCGCCACGAGAUCACAAUCAUCAGGCUAUGCUGCAGCAGAUGGCAGCGCGACGAAUGUUGGACGGGGUUCCUCAUACGCAUCUCGCCGUCCUGCUCUCAUCAAUAUCCUCAAGCUAACAGCAUUUUGUGAUGCCAACAUUGUGCUUUACAACGCGCUGUCGGAUCGACCGAACAUCAAGAAGGAAGGCACGCGGAAAGGCUUGGCAUCGGGACUCCAAUCUCCGAUGCGAGUGACCUCGCUUGACGCGCAACCUCGACGCAUCGUUGUCCUAUGCGGCCACCUCAACUUCUUGCGCACAUCCUUGGUACGGAAGUUUGUUUUCGGCCCUAAGGAAGGAGCAACUGCGGAGCAUUACAUUUACACCGCCGUGCACGCCUGGAAGCCCCACGGCUUAGGUGUUCACACACCGGCAGUCACCGACCAUGAACUUCGCGCCCUACCAAGAUACCCAACGACCGAGCGAGCCCUCAGUCCUCCGCCUGGUGGGAGGUCACGAAACUCGAUUGAGCGCAUCCGUUCGCCGCCGCCGGGUCGACCAGAUGCGCCCUCGCGUGGUGCCUCCUACGCCCAGCCUCUACCGCAUCCCGAUGACUUCGCCGACUAUGCGGCGCCUAGCAGUAGACCGAUGCUGGGGAGUGAAGAAAGAGGCCAACAGCUGGAGGCGUUUCAGACAAGCCUGCCCAUGAGAAUGGAUUACGAGGCCAUGCUUGCCUACGUUCUGCUCCCACCUGCCGGAGGCGUAUUUCUCCUCGUCCUCGAACACAAGAGUGACUACGUCCGAUUUCACGCGUGGCAGUCAAGCAUGCUCUUCUCUUGUAUCUUCGUCAUCCACCUGUGUCUGGCCUGGUCUGCGAUUCUUUCGUGGCUACUGCUUGGGGUCGACCUUUGGCUGAUCGGAUUUCUGGCCUUGCAUGCAUAUCGCGAUGUUGAGACUCUGGAUCACUACGAAGUUCCAAUCAUCGGCAGGAUCGCAAAUUCGUGGGUAGACAACGAAUGA